UGGGUUUCUUUUAGCUAGUGGGAAAAAAGCCUAGGAUAAUAAGGACAGACAAAACAGAAAAGCUGGCAAACAAAGAAACAAAUGGAAGUUGUGUCCAAGUCAACGUACAGUGUUCAAAUAUUUGGCAUUUUCUGAUCUGUGCAAUAUAAUCUUAUACUAAUUGAGCUUCACCACUCAAAUCUUUAAAUCUCUCUUAAUUGUAAUUCACACUGUUGUCCUAUUUUACUCUGUUAAAGUUGCAAUCUUUUACAUUUUUGAAGCCCCAUAGUCUUGAUUUCUUGUAACUUAUUGAGUACCAAGAUUCAAUCUUGUCAAAGUUGCAUUGUUUUACUUUGUUGAGGUUCUUGAUUUCUUGUAACUUGUUGAGGAAUUGAAGUCCAAAAUACUCAAUCUUGUCAAAGUUGCAAUCUUUUACUCAUUUAAACCCCAAUUUCUUGAGCAAAUAAAGUCCCAAAAUUCAAUCUUUGCUCAGUUAAGCCUCAAAUUUUUAAUUCCAAAGUUCAAUCUUGUCAAAGUUACAAUCUUUUACUCUGUUAAAACCCCAAAUUUUUGAUUUCUUGUAACUUGUUUAGGAAUUGAAGUCCAAAAAAUUCAAUCUUGUUGAAUAAACGGUAGAAAUGGGUGGUUGUUUUAGCAAGAAACAUACCCAAGAAGGUGCUAAUGUGUAUGGAAGAAGAAGUGGUAAUCAAGAAUAUCAAAAAUCACCACAACCCCAGCCAGAAAGACCAUAUCAGCCACCGCCACAGCCUCAGCCCCAGCCAGAAAGACCAUAUCAGCCACCGCCACAGCCUCAGCCCCAGCCAGAAAGACCAUAUCAGCCACCGCCACAGCCUCAGCCCCAGCAACAGGCACGGCCUGUUACCGUGCAGCCCCAAGACCAAAUGCAAGGAACCAAUGUGAAUAACAUAUUAGGAAAGCCUUUCGACGAUAUUAGAAGGAUGUACACACUUGGGAAAGAGUUGGGUAGGGGUCAGUUUGGAGUGACUUACUAUUGUACAGAGAAUUCAACCGGGAAACCUUAUGCUUGUAAGUCCAUACUUAAGAGGAAACUUGUUAGUAAGAAUGAUAGGGAGGAUAUGAAGAGGGAAAUUCAAAUUAUGCAGCAUUUGAGCGGGCAGCCAAACAUUGUGGAAUUCAAGGGUGCUUAUGAAGGUAGGCAAUCGGUCCACCUCGUGAUGGAACUUUGUGCUGGAGGAGAGUUGUUUGACAGGAUUAUAGCUCGGGGAUAUUACUCGGAGAAGGAUGCUGCUGAGAUUAUUAGACAGAUUGUAAAUGUUGUUAACAUUUGCCAUUUUAUGGGUGUUAUGCAUAGGGAUCUUAAGCCAGAGAAUUUCUUACUGACUAGUAAGGUUGAAAAUGCUAUGCUUAAGGCAACUGAUUUUGGACUUUCUGUCUUCAUUGAAGAAGGGAAGGUGUACCGUGAUAUAGUUGGUAGUGCAUAUUAUGUUGCUCCUGAAGUAUUGCGGCGUAGUUAUGGGAAGGAAGCAGAUGUAUGGAGUGCAGGUGUUAUUUUAUAUAUUCUACUCAGUGGUGUACCUCCAUUUUGGGCUGAAACUGAAAAGGGAAUAUUUAAUGCCAUACUAAAAGGAGAAAUCGACUUUCAAAGUGAUCCAUGGCCAUCUAUAUCAAAUAGUGCCAAGGACCUUAUUCGAAAAAUGCUAACUCAGGAACCAAAGAAGAGAAUUACUUCAGCGCAAGUUCUUGAACAUCCAUGGCUUCGACUUGGAGAAGCAUCAGACAAGCCAAUAGACAGUGCAGUACUGUCCAGAAUGAAGCAGUUCAGAGCAAUGAACAAGCUGAAAAAACUUGCAUUGAAGGUCAUUGCGGAAAAUUUAUCUGAAGAAGAAAUCAAGGGUUUGAAAGCUAUGUUUGACAACAUCGAUACAGACAAUAGUGGUACAAUCACUUAUGAAGAAUUGAAGUCGGGAUUGGCUCGACUUGGAUCAAAGCUAACUGAGACUGAAGUCAAGCAACUCAUGGAAGCUGCUGAUGUGGAUGGAAAUGGAACAAUCGACUACAUUGAGUUUAUUACCGCAACAAUGCAUAGACAUCGGCUUGAAAGGGAUGAACAUCUCUUUAAAGCUUUUCAGCAUUUUGACAAGGACCAUAGCGGCUUCAUCACGAGAGAUGAAUUGGAAAACGCUAUGAAGGAAUAUGGUAUGGGUGAUGAGGCUACAAUCAAGGAAAUAAUCACAGAGGUGGACACUGACAAUGAUGGUAGGAUCAAUUAUGAGGAGUUCUGUGCUAUGAUGAGAAGUGGAACCACACAACCACAACAAAGGCUUUUCUAGUGCAUUGACGGAAUUACUCAUGCAACAAACACAAAAUGUUCACCAGUCAGCACGAUGGAGAGGCGUCUACCAUGAGACAAUCACUUUAGAAAAGGGAGAUGAAGUAUAGGUGAUGUACUAGGUAUUUCUUCAAUCCUUUAACUUUCUUCAGGUAGCACUGGAUUACAGAAGGCACUUUCGUGUAGGUUGAGUUCGCGCGGAGAAUGUGUGUGUAGCUAGUUAAUGGCAUAUUUUGAGUUUCCUUUGAUGUAACCGGUCCCCUUGUAAUUUUGUGUGGAUCGCCGUUGUCAUGUUGACCCUGUCUAUAGAUUACAAAAUAAGACAGCCUGAAAAUAGCUCUGUGCUUGAAAAGAAAGAGGUUUUUUGUUGACCUUAUGCUACUGAUGUGCUUAAGAUGCCAAUGACUGAUGUCUAUGGGAGGCAUUGGAUGCUUUUCAUAUUUAACUAUGCUAACUAGCAAGUUAUAAUUUGAGGUUGGGUACUUGAUGCACA